AUGGCCAAAAGUGGAGAAUUCGCUGAAUUUGUUGCCGAAUAUGUCGUUAAACAGGAAUACGAAGACAUCGAUGAGAAAGAGAUGCAAAUUCUGGCAAAACUGAAACAAACAGUGAAACCAUUGAUUGAAAGACAAGAAUCGCAUAAAACUGAGGCCAACACUGAAAACAGUGUCCAUCGACUGAGGAGUCAGAUGUCUAUUAACGAAACCAAUAAUAACACAACAGAAAAGUCGAGAACUGUUCAUAAGCUACAAGAAUGUAAUGGUAAACUGACCCAGAUGGAAAAACCAGUCUCAUCCACCACUAAACUGGAUUUGAUAACAAAAUACAUUCAACUGUUUGGCCGCCGAUCGUUAUUCACUAUAAUAUUUGCAUACAUUGUGUCCACGAUAUCCACUAUGGCAUCGGGUCUGUGGCUCAGCCAAUGGUCAACCGAUGUCAUCGAUGGCACAGAUAUUAACGAUAACAACGAGUGGCGUAAUGUUAGACUCGGAGUGUUUGUGGUGUUUAGCGUAAUUCAAAUGCUGGCCAUUCCUGGCGCUCAGGGGGCCAUCAGUCUGGGCUGUGUUUCCGCAGCCAAACAAUUGCAUAGUCUUAUGAUUGAGCGUAUGAUGAGAGCGACCAUCAGUUACUUCGACACGACACCAAUGGGUCGGACACUCAAUCUCUUCGCCGAAGACAUGGAUGUCUUGGACAGCGCUAUUGGUUUUGUUAUUAGAGUAUCCUUUUUAAAGUUUUUUGCAUUAAUUGCAUCGUUGGUUAUGAUAUCACUGGAAACACCACUAAUACUGCUGGCAAUCCUACCAAUAAUAGUGGUAUACAUGUUGUGUCAGCGGCUAUCCAUGACAAGUAUACGGCAGAUCACACACCUGGACACCAGCGCUCGUUCCCAUACGAUAAGCUAUAUCGCCGAGAGCUACAACGGGACGGCAGUUAUCCGUGCCUUCGGUGCCGACCGUGACUUCGGCCGUGAGUCUCACCGCCGUCUGGACGCACACAAUAGGUGUCAAUACUCUCUACUCGUGGCCAAGUGUUGGCUCGCCGUACGGCUCGAGUCCUUGGGCUAUAGUAUAGUGUUAUUGUCGGCGGUGUUUGCCGUGGCGUUCAGGCAUACAGUGGGCGCCGGUGUGGCCGCUCUGGCUAUCACUUAUGCUUUGAAUAUAACUGACGUAAUCACACAAUUAGUUAUAAAUGUAACCAUAACCGAGAGCUCACUCAUGGCUGUCGAGCGGUGUCUGGCGUUUAGAGAAUUACCGAUUGAAGCCGAGUGGUAUAACGAGAGGACUAAACCCGCGGACAACUGGCCGACAAUGGGUUGCAUUCAAUUCACAGACUAUUGCACUAAAUAUAGAUUUGGUUUGGAUUUAGUGCUCAAAGAUAUAGCAAUUGAUAUGAAAGGCCGACAAAGGGUU